AAAAGUCCUCAAUCAAUCCAGAUUUUCCUGUUCAUCAAAUGACGUAGUGAAGUCACUCCAGCGACGUAUAUAAGGGUUGGGAUUGUCUCUUAGUUGUAUUGCGCUGAAAACACUCUCACGGGAAACAUCUAAGCUUUUUAUAAUACUCACCGACCGCCAUCUAGUGAACAUAAAGAUGAUUUGCUUAGUGUCGCUACUCGUCGCUACGGCGCUAACAUCCCAAUGCUUUGUCGAAACCAAUGCAUUAGUAAAUCCUAAAAUUGAAAUGGACAACAACUUGUUACCGGACGAUGUGUUACCCGUCCACCGUACUGCACAACGUAAUGCUUACGUGAAAAUAUCAACACCACCGCCUGAGAGCGUGAAUUUUAUACCGGGGACAGCACUUGUCUUAGAAUGUGAAGUACAAGGUCAUCCAUUACCAAUCGUGGGUUGGUUGAAGAAUGGGGUGCCCUUGUCUGAUUUUGAAGAAGAAGUAAACGAGAUCCUGCCGAUGCAUCCUUCGGGUUACGGUCGCAUGAUUAAUCGAUUAGUGAUAAGUGAUGCGGAGAAUGAAGAUGUCUACACUUGUGUUGGAACUGCUGGUUUAAAAGAAGCCGUUGCUACUACUACCGUUUUUGUUGAAGCAAACCAACCGUUUUUAACAUCUAAAAUGUUUUCAACCAAGCCAAUAAUCACUGGGUUCUAUCUGGACAUCUUUCAAAACAUGGGUACAAGCCUCACUUUACCUUGUAGAGUAUACAGUCCCCUUAAAAGUCAAUUAUACUGGAUUGAUAACAAUGACAAUAUUGUUUAUGGAAACAGCAGAAUGCGGGUGCUGCCAUCUGGAGAUUUGCACAUAAAGAAUUUGGCUUGGGAAAACAUGGGUGGUUACACUUGUACCGUAAAAAAUGCAUUUGGAAAAGAUUCAAUGAAUGCUUUCUUAUACCCCGUAAAACCUUCAGAAUAAAUCAACUUAUUCCGGACUGAGUUACCCGCCGAUGAUAUUCCGACGUUCCUAUAUAACAUAAUAUUAUUAUAAAUUUAAUUUAUUACUAGGAUUAAGACGUGUAAUAUACUGUGCUCACAAAACCGUUUUAUGUACUUAUUAUUGUUUAAUUUUUGAAGGUUAUUUUAGACGGUGUGGUGUAUCUAUUGAAUAAUAGAUGGCACUAACUGCAUUAGUUUUUAUAUAAAAUUAGUUAUUUAAACAUAUCUGAAAUUAUUUAAUGCGUAACAUAAUUUUUAAGUUCAACAUAUUAGUUUAAAGUCUUAAUUGUUACCGAUUUUUAAUAUAACAUUAUUUUUAAUUUCGUUGUGAGCGAGAUAUUAUUUAUUUAUUAUUUAAAGUUUUCUGUGAUUCCUCAUAAUAAAUGUUUUAUUAUUAA